GUCUUCAUCUAUGGUCUGUGGAUCUGUGACUGACAGUUGCUGGCUGAUAGGGGCCUGUGAUAGGGGCUUUGAGUCACAGACUACUUUGAGUAUUGAGUGUAAAAAAGCAAUUUCACGUUGAGGAACUUUAUUUCAUCAAUGGAGAACGAAGGACAACUGCUUCAAUGCUAUAAUAGGGGUUGUGGUGAAAGGUAUCAGCCAACAGAAAACAACGAAGAUGCUUGUAGACACCAUCCUGGAGCACCAUUCUUCCACGACGCUUAUAAAGGAUGGUCUUGCUGUAGCAAAAAGUGCACGGAUUUUACGGAAUUCCUGAAUAUAAAGGGAUGUACAGUGUCUCAACAUUCAAACGUUAAGCCUCCAGAACCAGAGAAACCAAACAUUCAAGAAAUAGCCAGCAGUAAAAUUGUCGAAGUAAAGCCAAUUGUCGUCUCUUCAUUGGAGAGACCACCAUUUGAGACUCCUUUAAUUUUGAUAGAACCAGAAAUAGCACCUAGCCUUAAAUCCCAAAUUAGCAGUAUCGAACAGCUUCAAAGUGUCAAAAAAAUUGAUAGUGAUGAAAUAUCCAUUGGCACAAAUUGUAAAAAUGGAGGUUGUACGUUUUCCUAUCAAGGAGUUGAUUCCAAUAACACUUUGUGUUUGCACCAUCCAGGAGUUCCAAUAUUUCAUGAAGGGCUGAAAUAUUGGUCGUGUUGUCAAAGAAAAACUACAGAUUUCAAUGCCUUUUUGAACCAGGAAGGCUGCAAAAAAGCAAAUCAUGUUUGGAAAAAAGAUGAUGUAAGUUUCAAAAAGGAAACUAAUGCUAAAGUCAACUGUAGAUGGGAUUACCACCAAACAGGUCCUUACAUGAUUGUAUCAAUCUAUGCUAAAGAAUAUAGUCCAAGCAAAAGCGUCGUUCAACUAAAUCCCAUUAGGCUUUACGUCAACUUAGUAUUUCCUCAGCAAAAUAACGCUAACUUUGAGCUGGAUAUUGAAUUAAAAGGGAUUGUUGACGUCUCAGUAUGCAAGGUAACCAUGUACGGUACUAAGGUAGAAAUUAAACUGAAAAAGGCAGAAGCGUUGAAUUGGCCAAGAUUGGAAGCAAGAAUAGUGAAGAAAACUGAGCCCCCAAAACCAGACUCACAAACUAACAAUCUUCCGAUUAAACUAGAAGCUGUCGAUUUAAGCGACUUAUAAGAAGUAAUAAUUGUUGGUAAAUAGAAAGCUAAGUUUUUUGUAAAGUAAACUUUGAAAGUUUUUUGCAGACGAUACAAUGCUAAUACUUCAUAGCCGUGAACAUGUCACACAAGAGUAAAAUAUAAUAUUUUUGUACUACUUAUAUUAUUGAUCGACUUGAUUAUUUGUAUUCUGAACUGUGCUGUUUUAGAAAGUAAAUUUGUAGUGGUAUUAAGUUACACGUUGUAAAUUAUGGAUUGUAUCGGAUUAUUAUUAUCAUAAAAUACAAUUACUUGUUUUUUCAUUGAA